AUGUCAACCCCACCUCCAGAAAGACCUCAAGGUCGACUCAGCACCACCACCACCACCGCCAACAAUAACCUUCAAAUGUUCCGAACAGAAACCAGAGAGACUCUUCAUGAAGCUGGAUUCAGCCCAGCUCCUCCUGAGCUGGGGAUCAAUUACCCCGAAGUCGGACGUCCUUCCGACCCCGUCUUCCCCGAGGAAUACACCAUCGAGACUCAAACCGGGUUGGUCCCAUCACGCACUCUUGAAUCGAUCCGUCCGACGACCAGCAGGGGCCGGCAGAUCACGCCGGCGGAUGUGGAAAAGGGAGGCGAACCCGUGGAUUUUGUCACGUUUACGAUUGAGGACCCAGCGAAUCCCCAUAACUGGUCCCGGUUAUACCGCUGGUACGUCACCAUGGUCGUCUCGAUGCUGGUCGUGUGCGUCGCCUACGGGUCGGCAUUUGUCACCGGUGGAUUGGGCCUGAUUGAGGAAAAGUAUCAUGUAUCGCUCGAAGUGGCUACGCUGACUGUUUCAAUCAUGGUCUGUGGGUUUGCGGUUGGCCCGUUGCUCUGGAGUCCACUGUCCGAGAUCAUCGGCCGUCGUCCCGUGUAUGUCAUCUCGCUGGGACUGUACACCAUCUUCCAGAUACCCUGCGCACUUUCUCCCAACAUCGGUGGACUGCUGGCCUGCCGUUUUCUCAGCGGCAUCUUCUCCAGCUCCGGUCUGUCGCUGGCUGGCGGUACCAUUGCGGAUAUCUGGGAUCUUGAGGAGCGCGGCAUGGCCAUUGCCUUCUUCGCUGCCGCGCCCUACUGCGGUCCUGUCGUGGGCCCCAUCGUCUGCGGCUGGAUCAACGUCGGUUCGCACCGACUGGACCUCUUCUUCUGGUCCAAUAUGGCCUUUGCCGGUGUCGUCAUGAUCAUCGUCGGGCUGGUGCCAGAAACCUACGCCCCCGUCAUCCUGAAACGCCGCGCAAAGAAGCUCCGCAAGGAAACAGGCGAUCCCAACAUCAUCACCGAGCAGGAAAAGGUCAAGCUGACCUUUAAGGAUAUUGUGCGCACAAAUCUCGUCCGUCCCAUCACGAUGAUCCUCACCGAGCCCGUGCUCGACUUGAUGUGCAUGUACAUCGUGCUUAUCUACGCCAUGCUCUACGGCUUCUUCUUCGCCUUCCCCGUCAUCUUCAGCGAGCUGUACGGGUACAACGACGGCCAGAUCGGGCUGAUGUUUAUCCCCAUUUUGAUCGGUGCCGGUUUCUCGCUACUCAUAACGCCCCUCAUGGAGAAGCAGUUUCGCCGUGUCUGCCAGUCUCGCGCCCCGACUCCCGAAGACCGACUCAUCGCUGCUCUUGUCGGAGCCCCUUUCAUCCCGAUAUCCUUGUUCAUCCUGGGCGCUACCUCAUACAAACAUAUCAUCUGGGUCGGCCCGGCCUCGUCAGGUAUCGCGUUCGGCUUUGGCAUGGUACUCUGCUACUACUCGGUUAACAACUACAUCAUCGAUUCGUACCAUAAGUUCGCGGCCUCGGCGCUCGCCGCUAAGGUGUUCCUGCGAUCUGGAGGCGGCGCUGCCUUUCCGCUGUUCACCACCCAGAUGUAUCAUAAGCUCGGCCUGCAGUGGGCAUCGUGGCUGCUGGCGUUUCUGGGGGUAGGAAUGGUGUUUAUCCCAUAUGGGUUCUAUGUGUAUGGAGCAAGGAUACGGGCCAGAUUUGAAAAGUAUUAA